CGAACUCACCACAACAUGCACCAACUUCUGUUGUUUCGCGCAUUUCAGAAAACCCUACACUCCUGAGAGCGACACUCCUUGGUCUUUCUGUUGAUUCUGUUAUCAACGAGUUCGUCUCUAUCAUGCAGGCUCAGGAAGGAACAUUAGGACAUGACGGCCGAUCGGACUCAGUACCCGGCAAUAGCAUCAAGCUAGAACAAGAUCACGACGAUGACAGUAACAACAAAGCACACGAUUUGAAUGGCGAGAAGGAAGCGCAGGUCCUCAAAGACGCUGGGCCACCCGAUGGAGGUUUUGCUGCGUGGUUAGUGGUGGCAGGGGCUUGGUGUUGCUCCUUCUCUGCGCCGGGCUGGGUCAACAGCGUGGGAAGCUUUCAGCAGUACUACGAAGUUGGACCGCUACGCGGUUACUCCAGUUCCACCAUCUCAUGGAUUCCCUCACUGCAAAUAUUCUUCCUCUUCUUUAUGGGACCCGUGGUUGGAUUUCUGUUCGACAAAUAUGGGCCGAGGCCCUUGAUCAUCGCAGGCACGCUGCUCCAUGUCUUUGGGUUGAUGAUGGCGUCGUUGGCAACGACUUACUACCAGAUCCUCUUGGCGCAGGGCGUUUGUAGUGCUAUUGGCGUCGCCUUCAUCUACCAGCCCGCGCUUGCAUGCAUUUCCACUUGGUUCACACAAAAGCGAGGACUCGCAAUGGGCAUAUUGACGACGGGCUCGUCUGUUGGAGGCGUGAUAUUCCCGAUUAUGAUUAGUCGGAUGAUUCAGUCUGCUGGCUAUGGAUGGACACUCCGCACUGCUGCUUUCAUUAUCCUGGGUCUACAAAUUGUUGCCAUCCUCACCGUGCGCUCCAGGACGAAACCGGUUCCAAAGAGCAUGCCAAAAGGGCGUCUUGCUGCACCAUUCACCGAGAUCCCUUUCCUGCUGUUGAUGCUUGGAAUUCUGGUCUUGACCUUUGGUAUAUUCCUACCUGUGGUGUAUUUGGCUGCGCAGGGCUACCAAGAGGCACACGUAUCGGAAGAGUUCUCGCAAUACCUGGUCUCGAUUUUCAACGCUGCAAGUCUUUUCGGUCGUCUGGCGACAGGAUUUUUCGCAGACAGAAUCGGACGAUGGAACAUGUUCAUCAUCGCCUGCAUAUUGUCCGGAGUAGCGCAAUUGGCCGUCUGGAUACCUGCGACCACGCCCUCAAUAGCCAUUGGCUUUGCCAUCUUCUUCGGCGUGGCAUCGGGUGCAUUCAUCGGUCUUUCCGGCGCUCUACCUAUGUCGGUCUCCCCUCCAGCCGAGAUAGGCUAUCGUCUUGGCGUGGUAUAUCUAGUCCUCGCCGCUCCAGCGCUCGCUCUGGGUCCAAUUGGUGGAGCGAUCCUGCAGAGCUCAGGUGGGUGGCUGGGCGUGAAGCUGUUCGGUGGCAUCAUGUGCCUGGCAGGCGCUCUCGUAGUGCUGGCCUCGAGAUUGCUGUACUCCGACAAGAAGCUUCUCAAAGUAUUCUGAGCUCAUAUACAUUUACCAGGCUGCCAAAGGCUCGGUCGUGUCUGGUCAUCACGCUCGUCGACCCUGACUCGCAUUCAUCGCCGACGGCUAAACCAUCUGCCGGCUCUACUCCUGGCAGAGUCUGAAGCGUGUGGUUUAGAUUCGAGAACUGUCUUCGGUCGCUCAUGGGAGAAAUUGUUGUAAAGGGGAAAGAGUAGAGAGUCACGAGCAGACCCCUUGUGGAGAGCGGCGUAUCUGCAUCAUAAUUCAACGUGUGUUUACAGCAAUCUUUCUUCGGUUCGCCUGGACAUGAGUGACCGUGA